AUGUUAGCAACCUAUGAAUUGGAAUGUCACACCUUAGAUGUCAAGACGGCAUUUCUUCAAGGCAACCAGAUUGACAGAGAGGUUAUCAUAAAGCCCCCAAAGGAAGCAAAUACAACAGGUGUGCUCUGGAAACUAAAUAAAGUUGUAUACAACCUUGCUGAUGCUUCAAGAGCUUGGUAUCUACGUGUGAAGGAAGAGCUAAUCGGCUUGGGGUUGAGAAUGUCUUUAUUUGAUGCAGCAUUAUUUUAUUGGAUUCAAGAUGACUGCUGCCAAGGACUGAUUGUAAUACAUGUUGAUGAUUUUCUAUGGGGAGGAUCCCAUGAUUUUCAAGUGAAGGUCAUUUCGCCUAUCAGAGAAACUUUUCUCAUUGGAUCUGAAGAUUACUCCAAUUUCAAAUAUGUUGGUGUCAAUAUACAACAAUCUAAUGGUUCAAUUAACUAUGACCAAAAGAACUAUGUGGCAGGUAUGGAACUGGUCAAGAUUCAAAACACAACACACAGACAUCGUCAACUAUCACAUGAAGAACAAUCAAACUUCCGAUGUAUAUGUGGGCAACUAAACUGGAUGUCAUCGCAAUCAAGGCCUGACAUUUCAUUUGAUGUGUGCCAGCUAAGCACAAAACUAAACUGUGCAGUAGUUGAUGAUGUCAUAAGAGCCAAUAAAGUGGUAAAGAAGUUGAAAUUGGAUCCCAACAUUUCCUUGAAAUUUUGGGAUUACAACUGA